GUAUAUUACAUAAAUCAAAAGAUGUUAUGAACCAACUUUUUUGGGUCGCUUUUUUGGAUAAACAUGGUGGCCAAUGGCAAAACUGGAAAUAUUGGACAACCCAGAAGAGUGAGGUUCUGAUUUCUAGACUCAUCACGUCCAAUCCUCGAUUCAACAGGAUUUAUAUUCAUCCUAAACAGGAGGAUCACAAUCAAGACACUAUGAAUCAAGCAGCCAAGAUUCCUGUCAGGACCGAGUUAAAAGCAAUCGUGAACAAGCUCAGCAGUGAGAGUAUUGAAAAUCAGUCCAACUACAUAUUUAAAACCCUCACUUCAUCAGAGAAGUAUCAUAAAAGUAGUAGAAUCGGAGUUUACCUGAGCAUGCCUACAGAAGUCCAGACUUAUAGUAUUAUAAAGCACAUAUUAGAAAAUGGAAAGGAAUGUUUUAUUCCAAGAUACAACCCACAAGUGAUGGUAAUGGUGAAGCUUCAUUCGAUGGAAGAUUACGAAGCAUUGCCAAAAAAUAAAUGGAAUAUAAAACAACCUUUAGAAUCAGAAAUCAGAGAAGACUCCACGACUCAAGGUGGGCUUGAUCUAAUACUUGUACCAGGACUUGGAUUUACUGAGAGAGGUGAGAGGCUGGGCCGAGGGAAAGGAUAUUAUGACAAAUUUUUACACAACAUGAACCAACUUAGAAAACAAAAUGGAAAACAACUGUACACAAUCGGAUUGGCGUUCAAAGAACAAGUGAGAGCUCAAAUUCCUACAACACAUCUCGAUUACAAUCUAAAUGAGAUUCUGUAUCAAAAAUAAUUCCUGACGAAACACCAUGUUUCUAUUUUAAAUUUUGCCGUGGCCUUUAAAUUUCAGCAUCUGUAUUUGAAAUAAAAUUAUAACAUAAAAACAA